AUGGUGAUGCGCCGUGUGAUGUGUGUGUUGGCCGUUGUGCUGUGCUGCACCUGCGGGUAUACCAUGGCUGCUACUACUACUACUGUUAAUGCUGGACAGCCAAAGGCGGUGAUGGCGUAUGUAGGUAGUUGGAUGGAUGUGGAUUUUAAUGUAAAAGAAAGCAAUGAAAAGAAGUGUAAAGGUAGCAGUGAUGAGACCCCUAUAAUGGGUUGUAAUGUCUGGAAUAAAAAUGGGAGUCCCGCUCCUUCACCAGAACAGGCUCCUAGUGGAAAUGCAAGAGCACCAGAUUUAACUAGUAAUGUUGUGGGAGGGAUUGGAGCUGGCCGACCAGGCAGUAGUGCUCAUGAGAGAGAAGGUGGAAGUGGUGAAUUAAAUACAGAAGCGGAAGUGGAAGCGAGAGAAGUUGUUCGUGCUGAAAGUGAUAACUCACCGAAAGAUCCUGCCUCGGAACGUGAUUCACAAAGGCAAACUCAAGAGUCUGCUGCACCUUCACAAGGUAACGAAGAAACGUCGAAUGACGCAAGGGAUAUCAAUACAUCUGAUGACUCUAAUCCUACAGAGCAAUCUCCUGCAGCUGCAGUUCCCACUGCCACAGAAAGCUCCAACGAAAACGACACCACUUCUCAGCCGAGCACCGAGAAUACUGUCAGUGAAGAAUCAACCGUGACUUCUUCUCGUGACUCUAAUCUUACUCAGCAUUCUACUGCAACUGAUGAUGUGACUACCGUACCAAACUCACCAGAAACAAAUACCACUAAUCCGCUGAGCCCUGAGAACACUACCACAGAAGCACCAACCACCACUACAUCUCCUGCACCUGUACCCAACGCAGAGAUAAGCAGCAACAUCGCCUCCACUGUACAGAAGAAUAAGGCUAAUGUUGACAGCAGCAGUGUCAGUCCUGUGUGGAUGCGCACUGCAGCACCUCUGCUGAUUAUGGUUGUGUUGUUCUCCGCUACUGUGUACUGA